AUGUUACUCAAUCCAUUCUUUCUUUCUUUCUUUUCAUAUUUUGCCUCCUCUUUUAUUUAUUCUUAUUUCUUUUCUUAUCUUUCCUUUCAUAAUUUUACUCUAUUCCUCUCCCUGGUUUUUUUCCUCGUUUAUAUUCGUUCUUUCUUUCUUUCUUUUCCACUCUAUCCUAUCUUUUUAUAUUUUUACUAUCUUUCCUUUCAUAAUUUUACUCUCUUUCUCUCUCUUGUUUUCCCCCGUUUCUCUUUCUUUCUUUCUUUCUUUCUUUCUUUGCACCCUUUUUUAUUUUUUCUUGUUUCUUUUCCUAUCCUUCCUUUUUAUCAGUUGUUCAUAUCUAUCUAUCUAUCUAUCUAUCUAUCUAUCUAUCUAUCUAUCUAUCAGUUUCUUCGUAUUUAUCUAUCUGACAAUAUUCUAUCUUUUCUAUCUGUCACUCUCUCUCCUUCACUCUCUCAUCUAUCUAUCUAUCUAUCUAUCUAUCUAUCUAUCUAUCUAUCUAUCUAUCUAUCUAUCACGCCAUUUUUUCUAUGCGUCCCUUUUUUCGAUAUUUCUUUUAACUGCAUUUUUUCCUGUUUUUUUUUUUCUGUAUUUUACAAUUUACUUUCUUUUAUUCUCCAGCCUUUCUUGCUUUCUUUAAUUCUUUUUUACUUUCUUUGUUUUUCUUUUUCUUUUUUAAUUUGUUCUGGCUUUCUUUUUAUCUUUCUUUUGUUUCUUUCUAUUAUUAAUUUUUUCUUUCGUUUUUAUUUACUUUUUUUAUUUUGUUCUUUCUAUCACCAUUAUUUUUGUUCUUUCUUUCUUUCUUUCUUUCUUUCUUUCUUUCUUUCUUUCUUUCUUUCUUUCUUUCUUUUUUUCUUUCUUUCUUUCUUUUAUUUUCGACCGUUAUUCAUUUCUUGA